GGUGCUCGUGUGUUCAGUUUUCCAAUAUGGCUGCCGCAAGCGAGGUCUCCCAACUGUUCAGCGAUCUUGAACAGUGCGAAAAAAGUGGAAAUUAUAUAAAAGGGUUGAAGAUUGCCAACAAAAUUCUCGAGAAAGUACCAAAUGAUAAAGAUGCAUUUCAAUGUAAGAUUGUCUGCUUUAUGCAGCAAGGAAAAUUUCACGAUGCUUCGCAAAUUUUGAAGUCCUCUCGUGUUAAAAAAGGGAUCUCACUGCCUUUUGAAGAAGCUUAUUGUCUGUAUCGGCUGAAUAAAACAACCGAAGCACUGGAAUUGUUGAAAGCUAUUGCAGACCCAUCACCAAGAGAAAAAGAACUUCUUGCACAAGUGUAUUAUCGACUUGAAGAAUAUAAGAAAUGUUAUGAACUAUACACUGACCUCAUAAAAAAUUCACAGGAUGAUUUUGGUGAUGAGCGUGAGACCAACCUUGCAGCAGUUGUUGCAGCAUCCCGUUCGCUAGGACAAACUGAUGUGAAUUGUGAAGGUUUAAGAGAAGACACUUAUGAGCUAUGUUACAAUGCAGCAUGCCUAUCAAUUGCUGAUGGCGAGAUGGAAACAGCUGGCAGAAAAUUGCUAACGGCUGAAGAUCUCUGUAAGAAGUCAAUGGAAGAAGAAGGGGAUGUCACUGAAGAAGAGAUUGAAUCUGAACUUGGAGUGCUUAGAGUGCAGCGUGGAUAUACAUGUCAAAUGUUGGGAAAAGAUGACGAGGCUAUGAAAUUAUACAAUCAAGUUCUUAAGUCCAGACCAAAUGAUAUUGCUAUCAGUGCAGUGGCUUCAAACAAUGUUGUGAGUUUGAAUAAGGACAGGGAUAUAUUUGAUUCAAAGAAAAAGAUUAAGGUUGCAACUGCUGAUGGUAUUGAGACAAAAUUGAAUGAUCGCCAGAAACAGUAUAUUGCUUUCAACAAGUGCUUGGUAUUAAUGUACAGUAACCAGAGCGAUGCAUGCCGCAAGGCUGCAAAAGAGCUCGAAGCGAAAUAUCCUGAAAGCGAUUUCCCGGUUCUUAUACAAGCGGCUCUGCUGUUUCGUGAGAAACAACAUCAGGAUGCUGUGAAUAUGCUUGAGAAACACGUGGAGGUCCGCGCGAGGUGUUCAAUGCAAGUCUCUCUUGCCAUCGUGCAACUUCAUCUCAUCCUUGGGAAUUCUCUCGAAGCUUGCAAGCGCUUACGCUCUAUUGAGACCGUCAAACAUCGUCCAGCGGUCGUCGCUUUACUGGUCAACCUUUACACGCAUGCUGGUGAUAUAGACGCCGCUGUACAAGUGCUCGACGACGCAGUAGCGUAUGCCAAGACAAAUAAGACGGUUGGUGACCAAGAGGAACUAGUGAGGCUUUUACGAGAGAACGUUGCGUACAAGUUAAAAAGGGGGAAAACCAAGGAAGCUGUCGCAGUUCUCGAGUAUUUGCACGAUUUAGAUCCUGAUGAUCUGAAGACCAUCGCACAUCUGGUUGCCGCGUACUCUCAGAUUGAUCCUAAAAAAUCAGAGCAAUACAGUAUGAAGCUGCCACCGCUGGAGGGAGACGAGGUUGAUGUGAAUGCCCUGGAAGUAUCGCUGGGCACGCGUUAUACGCGAAAAACAGCAAAACUGAUCUCGGACGGGAUGAAAGAGAAACCAAAGACAGAGGAGAAGCAAGAUGUUGUUGUGAAGCGACGAAGGAAAAAGAAACCAGGAAAGCUACCGAAGAACUACAAUCCCGAGGUAGAUCCUGACCCAGAACGCUGGCUACCUCGACGUGAAAGGUCGUAUUUCAAAGGCAAACGACAGAAGAAGGCUACCGGUGCAAUAGGCAAAGGCACUCAAGGGGCUACAGCUUCUCAAGAAUCGCCCUCUGCGAAGGCAGCACCAAGUCCCAAAACUGCGGCCUCUCCCCCCGGAACUCCCGGUGGCUCUGGCUCAUCGACGACUGGAGUUGUACCCCCCCGGCAACAGCAGCCCCAAGCAAGCAAGAAAAAACAACGGCCGAAAAAGAAAAAGGGCGGAUGGUGACAAACCUCGUAGGGGUGUCAACAUCGUGGAGGUAACAAUUUCGUAGAUAAUAGCAAACCGUAUAGUAUAGGAGAGAUAGAGCAUAUAAAUCUUAUUAUGUACAUCUUUGAAUAACUGAGAGGUGAGAAUUUACCUGUUUGAAAUUGAAAUUAUGUUUGGUUGUUGAAUAAGAAAGGAUGAUAUUGAAGCUCUGAAUAUCAAGUGCUCGUGUUUUAGAGUCAACAAUCCAGACGGGUAAUAAACUUAUAAACAC